AUCUAUGGCCGGGCAGUGGUGGCGCACGCCUUUAAUUCCAGCACUAGGGAGGCAGAGGCAGGUGGAUCUCUGAGUUUGAGGUCAGAGUGAGUUCCAAGACAGCUCGGACUUCACAAAGAAGCCAUCUUGGGGAUGAGGGGUGUCCAAAGAGUAUCUAUGGCCACCUCACAGCCCAUAGCAUCUGUAAUAACAAGCUGAAGGAUUCCUUAGAACUUAACAAAAAUAACCUGCUUCCAGGUCUUCUGUACCUUAUUAUGAGACACUGCAGUAAGACAAGAUUUUUUAAAAAAAGUUAAAGUAAACCUCCACUUCAGAUGACAUAGUUAUGUGACUAGAAACUCUAAAGACUAUUGAAGCUAAUGAAUGAGUGCAGCUAGUCUAUGGGAUACAAUAGUAAACAUGAAAAGAUAAAACAUUUGAAUUUCUAUGCUCAAUACCAUCUGGAGAACAAACCUUUAUGUUAGAUUCAUAAAAGAUGUGCAAGAUCCCUGCACUAUAACAACAAGGGGGAGCUACAUAUAUGAAGAGAUAGAUUCAUUCAUGAAUUAUCAAAAUAUCACUUCUUCCCAAAACAGAUUUAACGUAGUCCUAAUCAAGAUAACAGACUUUUUCUGUGCCUAUGUUUAAAAUGUCUGUCUUAAAAACCACAGUUCUUUGAUUUUUUAAAACGGAAACAAUUCAUUACAUCCAAAGAAAUAUCGAAAAAAGAAGAGCUAAGUUGGAGACUUUGCAUUUCUUGACUUCAAGAGCUAUAAAAAUUCAUUUAAAUAUUUUUAAUGGGCAUAACAACUAGAUCAAUAGAUAACGGUCAAAAGAAAAGAUUCCUGAAAUAAAUGUAUUCUUACUUUCCUUCUCAAUAAUUGCCAUUAGAAAAAGUGAGUAUAUUUUUGGACAAGGUGAACUUUGUCUCACAUGCAUAAUAAAUAAACUCUAUACCACACAGACCAACCAUACAAAAGUAGGGGAGAGACAAAGAACAUAUGCAACCUUGAAAGCAAUAAUAUAAUGCACAAAGUAUAUCAAUCAUUACAGACUGGAAAACUGGUCUUUAACAAAACUGAAAACUUUGUCAGGAAACUUUUUUAAAACAAGUAGGUAUUCCAGAGAAGAAGAAAAAUAAUGGUAAUAAUAGUUGCAAAAUACACACCUAAGAAAGGACUGGUAGUCUAGAUUAUAUAAAACACUGCCCUUCAAUAACAGGGACCAUUGUGUGUGUGUGUGUGUGUGUGUGUGUGUGUGUGUGUGUGUGUGUGUGCAUGUUGUAUGUGUGUGCACAUGUGUGCAUGUGGAAACCAGAGGGGCUCUCACUGAACCGAGAGUUCACUGACUUGGCUACGGAACUGUGGCUAGCCAGCUCCACUUGGCCCUACCUGCUCAGGAGGAGUAGGAUGUCAAAAGUCCACAGCUAUGCUCAUCCUUCUGUAUGUGUGUUGGGGAGCUGAACUCUGGUCCUCACACUGUGAUGAGCACAUUACUGACUUGGCCAUCUCCCCAGCUCCAAAACCAAGCUUUUAAGUGGGCAAAAUAGUCCAACCAUUUACAAAAGUCCAAUAUACAAGGUGUCCAGAGAACACAAAACCCCAAGGAGAUAAGUUUAUGUGCCUGUAUACAGAAGGCUUAAAAAUAAAAUGGCUGGCUCUGUCAACAGUCUAUAGGAUGUGGACACUGCAUUGUUGUGGGUUAGAAAAAGCUAGUUUGAAAUGAUGUCAGUCGGUACACUUCAGGAACACACUUUACACAAGACACAUAACUGGUUCUUAUGAAUACAGAGACCUGAAUAAACAAAACCAAGUUCUAUAAAGGAGAAAUAUUCCAUGGUGGAAAAAGAAAUCAGAAUAGUGGCUACCUCUGCAGGAAUGUGGGUGGGGAUUUACUGGGAAGAUAUUUGUGGGAGCUUUAAUCCUUUGGUGGCUUUUAGAUGAUAAGGGAGGGAGGCCACCAUUGUUUGGCUCCCAAAGUUAUCAGGACUCACCUAAUGGUACAAUGACAUGUCAUUGCAUGCAAAUUUUACCACAAAAGCAAAAAUCCGAGGAUAGAGCUCUUAAUAAUGGCCAAUACUGGCUGGAGAUGGGGUGAAAGUGUGUGGGUGUCUACAACCAUUCAAAGUGCAUCCUGAGUGGGUUGGUGACUAGAAAGGAAUGGGUAAAUAUAAGCAAGCCUGGUAAACUGUCACUUGUAGAAUCUAGGUGGUGGUGUGUUGUGUCAUUGUAAACGUCAUUCGAUUUUGAUGUACUUGAGAUGUUUCUUAAACUAGUAAAGGUAAUUGGGUUACUCACCCUGGGUGUGAACUCAAUACCCUCUAAAGUUCUUCCUCCCCAGGAGACACAAUGCAAGAUAAACGGUCUGUUAGUUACUCUCACCAAAAUCAUUUGCAUCUAUUCAACAGAACUGCAAGCUUUUCUAGUUCUGUUUCUGGCUAGUAUCGUGGGUGGGUCUCCUGGGACCACUCUCUCUCUCUCUAAAGGCGGAGAAAUUCUGUUUAGACCGUGGGUGGCUAUGAAUCCAUUCCUUCACACAGCUAUAUUCGAUCCCCUGUGGCUAAACUGCUGGGAACCAGGUGUGUCUGGAGGGCACGCAGCGCCCUCUUCUGGCCUGAGAGGAACCCACGCAGACCAUCGAGGCUCUCGACCUAUCUGUUAAGCAACCACUCCAGGGAUCUGCACUCCCUGGUAGAAGCAUCGCUGUUUAGAGGUCCAGGCGAGCGCCAGCGGAGGAGACCUGAGCAGGAGACUGGCCCUGAGGCCAAGGGGCGGGUACCGGGUGGAGUCGCCUCGGUUGGCAGCUGCAGAGCUCCACCUGUUGCAGUUUUUGAGCACUCCACAGAGAAGGCAGCUCUGGGCACGGACUUCUGCUCUCAGCCCCACUGGGCAGGGCAAGGCCACUUGAGAAGGGAAGCCAGGAACCAUCCUGAACCUGUUCCACAGAGCAGGUGCGUUUGGGAAGGUGAGACGCGAAGGCGACGGCGGCUCCAGAGCUCAUGGCAAGUUGGGGGUCUCUGGGUGGGCGCCCCAGCGGUUCACAAAAGAACCUUGUUGCCGGCUUACAUGUUGUAGCUUGGAGUUCUCAGCUCAGCGCCACUGACUGCGCAAGAACUACAGAGCCGAGGCGAUCAAAACCGGGUGAAAGAGAUGGAACUCUUCUGGCCGCUGUCCUUGGCCGGUUCUCCGGGAGAUGGGCUGGCAGGGCCGGCACGUGUGGACAGAGAACGCCCGGUGCAGGCCCUAGAGGCCAAGGGCGAUCUGGUAUGGGGGAAGUCAAGGAAGGCUCCCUGGGAGGAUGCUUCUAACUUCCUUCACUGUUCCAACCUCCCCCUCUGUUCUCCUCCCCACAGCGGUCCGCCCUCGUGCUGCCGUGGAGCCUGUGUGCCCAGCAGAGAUCCGAGCCGGCUGAUCUGCCUCUUCGCACUGUCCCUGCGUCCGUGCGUCUGCCCCAAACCCGUUCCGACCUCUGAGCCCUGGUUAUUCUGGUGGAUAGAGGCUCUCGGCAGAACAUUGUCACUAAUACGCAACACAGAUCCACCUGGAGAGGCACCGAAGACAGAGAACAGCCCGUAUCCCAGCCAUCACAGCUUGGAAAGCAAUGCUCCGAGGAACCCGGACCUUGAUGUGAAGCUUACCCGCCGAUUCUCUCUGGACCCACGACCUUUUUUUUCUUCAAGAGGAGUUCAAGUUCUAGGGAGUUUGCCUUGAAGGCACGCCACGCCCCCUCCCCAAUCUGAGCCGAAUUAGGAGCUCGGGUGAACCCGGGUCGCCCGCACCCUCGCACCAAGUCGAAGCAGAUUCUGUGUCCCGACCCUCUGGUCUUCAGCCUUAAGGAGAACUCCAGAGAGGACAGGGAGGCGGCGACGACAAAGCGGAUUCGAAACCACGAGUCCAGGCGGACGUGGGGAGCUGGCUACACAGGAACCACCGAGGAGGCGGCGGCGGCCGGGAGAUCCACGCCGCCUUGGGGAACGCGCGGCGGGCAUGGGCGAGCCCGCACGCAGAGCAGGCUAAGGUCGGCAGAGCACAUCCUCCCCGGGGCGUGGGCACAAGUCCGCGGGCAGCAACCCUCGCGGAGCUGUCCUCCAGUGCCAUGGCUGGCCGCGGUUGCGGCUGCAGCCCCGGCCACCUGAACGAGGACAACGCGCGCUUCCUGCUGCUCGCUGGGCUCAUCCUGCUCUACCUGCUGGGCGGCGCCGCAGUCUUCUCCGCGCUGGAGCUAGCGCAGGAGUUGCAGGCCAAGCAGCGCUGGGAAGAGCGCCUGGCCAACUUCAGCCGGGGCCACAACCUGAGCCGUGAAGAGCUGCGAGGUUUCCUCCGCCACUACGAGGAAGCCACCAGGGCGGGCAUCCGCAUGGACAGCGUGCGCCCUCGCUGGGACUUCACGGGCGCCUUCUACUUCGUGGGUACAGUGGUUUCUACCAUAGGGUUUGGGAUGACAACACCAGCCACAACGGGAGGGAAGAUUUUUCUGAUCUUUUAUGGUCUCAUUGGAUGUGCAAGUACCAUCCUCUUCUUCAACCUUUUCCUGGAGCGGCUGAUCACUGUCAUCGCCUGUGUCAUGAGAUCCUGUCACCAGCAGCAGCUGCGCAGACGUGGGGCGGUGACCCAGGACAACAUGAAGGCUCCUGAAAAGGGGGAGGCAGACAGCCUGACUGGCUGGAAGCCCUCUGUGUACUACGUCAUGCUGAUCCUAUGCUUGGCAUCAGUGGCCAUCUCCUGCGGAGCCUCUGCUCUGUACACCACCAUGGAGGGCUGGAGCUACUUUGACUCGGUCUACUUCUGUUUUGUGGCUUUCAGCACCAUUGGCUUCGGGGACCUGGUGAGCAGCCAGAAUGCUCAGUAUGAGAGCCAAGGACUCUACCGCUUCUUCAAUUUCUUCCUCAUCCUCAUGGGUGUCUGCUGCAUCUACUCUUUGUUUAACGUCAUCUCCAUCCUGAUCAAACAGACUGUGAACUGGAUCCUGAGGAAACUGGAUAGCGGGUGCUUCCCACCAUGCCAAAGAGGACUCCUGCGGUCCAGGAGGAAUGUGGUGAUGCCGGGUAACAUCCGGAACAGGUGCAACAUCUCCAUAGAGACAGACGGGGUGAUGGAAAGUGACACUGAUGGACGACGUCUCUCGGGGGAGAUGAUCUCCAUGAAGGACACCAACAAGGUCUCCCUGGCCAUCCUGCAGAAGCAGUUGUCCGAGAUGGCCAAUGGGGGACCCCACCAGAACAGUGCAUCCUCCCGGGAUGAUGAGUUCUCAGGGGGAGUGGGAGCCUUUGCAGUAAUGAAUAACAGGUUGGCAGAGACCAGUGGAGAUAGGUAGGAACCAGAAGUAGCUGCUAUAUGAAGAAAACCAGGGCAUGUGGGGAAUAAGACACUGUUACACCACUGGUAAGCUCAGCUGUGCCUCUGGCUGUUGCAAUUAAUAUCUCCAGUCCAGGUUUUGAAAUCUGACCUUGGCCUCAGGCAAGAGUAGCCUCUCACAGUUGAGGGCUGGAGCCUCUUUCCCUGGCUCUUACUUUACUUUUGAAUUCCAAGUUUGACAUUUGGAACUGCUAAGGGCCUUGCCUUCUUCCAGAGUUGUAAUGGUCUGAGGGAGACUGGUCCAGUUUUGGUUUCUCCACCAUGAUCCAUUCUUAGGAAGGGAGAGCCCCCAAAAAGCCUGCUUCUGUCCUGGAACGUGAGUGGCUGAACUUCACCCAGCCCCUCAAGAAAAGGCAACAAACAUUCCAGAGUGUCUCUGGGCCUUCUGUUUGCUGGACUUCCUUCCAAACAUAUCUAUUGUUGGUUCCAUUGAUGGGGACACUAUCUCAUCUUCUCUUAUACCUGCUUCUCUGUUUGGGAGUCUUGGUUUCUUUUUGUUUUGUUUCCUGUUUGACUAAUAUAUCUUUUGGAUCUUAUGUGAUAAGAAAACUAAAUCCACCUUCAAACCUUUAAGCUUGGCAGUGAGUAGAGGAAGAGGGAAACUCCAUCUUGUAACUAAAGCCCACAGCUUACUAUGUCCUCUCUGAAUGGUUACACGGAUCGUGUCAUUUUACCAGGGCUUGGAGCCUGGUGCAGAGGCAACUGACUAUUUAUUAGAGUUGAACAUUUAAUAAAUUCUCAUUUUGUUAACUACGA